AUGACAAAUAUUAAGAACCUCGAAGAAAUUAAAAUGUAUGAUUUAACUGAAUAUGAAGGAUUAACGAUGAGCGAUAUUAAGAAAGGUAAGCCACAGAAGAGAGAAAAAAGAGAUGAAAGUAAAUUAACAGCACGUCAGCAAAGAUUAUUAAACAGACUUAAAGAAAUAGGAGAUAAACAGGAUAUAGAUGAUUUUUGGAAUGAAAUUCUUGAUGAAAAGAGAACGAAUAAAAAGAGAAGUGGUGAGUUUUGGAAAUAUAUUUGCAGAUUACCUAUAAAUCUUGAACGCUAUCAAAUUUUCAAUGAACUUAACAAAAGAACUGCUAAGUUGAUGACAGAAGAUAACUGCUUCGUUUAUGCUUGCAUUCAGGCUGGAGUUGAUGUGCAGACGGUAGACCACAUGCGUGAAGUUAUUAGAGUUAGAGAUUUUCCACAAAGUAAGAUUCAGGAA